GUCACUGCAAUAUUUAACAAUUAUGUAUUUAUAACAAUAAUGCCAGUAAAGUCUACCUUUAAAUACAAAAUUGGAAUAGAUAAAUUCUCCCCAAAGAGGCCGACAGGGAGCGUCGCUUCUUCAAACCCCUGAACGCCUCCAGCCACGCCUCCCUCUUUCUCCCUCUCUGAGCUCUGAGAGGAGGUGUCGGGGAAUCUCCUGCAAACAAACUAGCGUUCAGAAAAAAAAAAAAAAAACUGAGCCGAUGUAUUACAUCACAGGACCGCGCGUGUAUAUAUCAGAGGCGCGCGCGUGAGAGAGAGGCAUUCCCAGAGGUUUGGCUCGCGGCGAGAAGGACACACAGAUGCGUCGCGCGCGGGACUUUCAAGCGUGAUGCUGCGCGCGAUUCGGAUGCAUUUAACAGCCUUGGUGAAAAGCAGCAGCUCUGGGCAAGACGUGGAGACCUGAGACGCCGAGUUUUGACGCACAUGUGAAAUAUAAGCGAUAUGGACGGUGUCUGAGCGCUCGAAACUCUCACGCACUUCGGAUUUGCUUUGGUUCUCAUUUCUGUCUGGAGGUUUUCACUUUGAGUGCCGUUCGAACACUUUCCCGCAUCAUCAUGGAUCUCCAGCAGUGUUUGUUGUCCGUGUACCUGCUGCUGGUGUCUUUCGCUCAGUGUCAGCACUAUUACCUCCUCAGACCCAUCCCGAGUGACACUUUACCCCUGCUGGAGCUGAAGGAGGACCCCGACCCCAUCUACGACCCGCGGGAGAAGGAUCUAAACGAGACCGAGCUGAGAAGCGUGCUCGGAGACUUUGACAGCCGCUUCCUCUCCAUCAGCCCUCCUCAGGACCGCUACACGGGCAACGAGGACCUGGACGAGCUGGACAUUCAGCAGAACCCCGCCGGACUGAUGCCCAAAGACAUCAAGAACCUGGACUUUGACGUGCAGUGGGGCAAAAAGCGCAAAGCCAGUAAGAAGCUGAAGCGCAGGCUGCAGAUGUGGCUGUGGUCCUACUCCUUCUGCCCGGUGCUGUACGCGUGGAACGACCUGGGCUCGCGCUUCUGGCCGCGGUUCGUCCGCGCGGGGAGCUGCUACAGCAAGCGCUCGUGUUCGGUUCCCGAGGGGAUGGUGUGCAAACCGGCCAAAUCCACGCACAUCACGCUCCUGCGGUGGAGAUGCGUUCAGAGGAGAGGCGCGCUCAAGUGCGCGUGGAUACCGGUGCAGUAUCCCAUCAUAACUGAGUGCAAAUGCUCGUGCGCCAACUGACCCGUCGCUAAUGGACAUCAUUCAUAAAGACUUUGAUCUGAUGUAUGUAUGUUUCUGGACUCUCAUCUGAAACAUAUUUAUGGACAUAAGCUGAGCUGAUACAUAUUGCUGGACUUAAAUUAUGGAAAACUGCUCUGAUAAUUAUUAAUGUACAAAAUUUAAUCUGAUGUUUUUCUGGAUUUCAGUUUUAAAAACUCUGCUCUGAUACAUAUUUCUUGAGAAACAAACCAUUAUAGAAAAUCGAAUCUGAUUCAUAUUUCGGGACUUAAGUUAUGAAAAAAUGCUUUAUUUUGUAUUUUGGUAACACUUUAUAUUAACUUUAAGUCAUUAACGAACAAAAUGUUGAACUGAUCGAAGUCAUAUAUAUAUAUAUAUAUAUAUAUAUAUAUAUAUAUAUUAGUGUUGCAUAAGUAUAUGGUAACAUUUGAGCAAUUGUUUGAAUGUAAACUGGAGAAAAAGAAUUGUUGGUUUAACUUAAAAAAGUAAGUUACCUGGUUGCCUUAAAAUUUUGAGUUCAUUGGAAUUAAAAAUUUGAGUUAAUACAAUGAAGGCAAUUGGUUUCAUCAACAGAAACUCAAAAUAUUAUGUUAUCUGAUCCACAUUAAUUAUUGAAGUUCAUUUGACAAAAGAAAAAAAAAUGUUAUGAUAACAAAUCAUGAAAAUAAUAUUUUACAGUGUACUAGUUGACAGUUUGUUUAUGCGUUGUGUAAUAUAAUACUGUCUGUUAAUGUAAGUUAUUAUAAAGUGCUCCCUUUUAUUUUUUUAUGCACUAUCAUGUGUAUGAAUGUAUUGUAUGUAUAUGUCGUGCCAUCAUGUAAUGAUCUAGCUACUUGUAAAAAGCCAGUAUUAUGUGUAUUAUCCAGAGUCUACUGUAUUUGUGGAAAAUAUUGGUUAACGUUGUAUUUAUAUUGCAGAGAACAGCCGUGGAGCCGUUCGAGAUGUUUUAUAAGGUUUUCCACACCGAUGUGAUGACCUCAAAAUUUAUUAUGGAUUUUUUUAACGUCUCGCAGCUGUGACAGCUGCUUUCUGACAGUGAUUUAUCCUGUAAAUUAAGAUUAAGAACUGUUAUUUAUUCUUUAUAUUCAGAUAAUAAAAUAUCAGUGAAAACCCACUACAAAAACGGCACAUCUGAGCUUUUGUUUCAAAAGUCUUUGUUUCUUUUCAUGACGCCUGUGAAGAAACUUC